AUGACAGCUGCGUUCCGCAAAUUGCGGAAUAACCCUCAAUUUCUAUUUAUCCGACUACCAUACAUCCUAUCCCUCCUCUGUAUCGUUGCCGGCGUUGUCUGGCUCUUCCUCUUACCCCUCGACGACUACUCCCGCAAGAACUACAUUUCCGAGAACGCGCUAUUGCCCGGACAGGUCCACGCGUACUUCUCGGGCAGUGAGCAGCAUAUAUUCCGCGGGUAUAAGAAAGAGUUAGAGUCAUUGUUGGGAAAUGACGGUAGUGAGGAAGGACAGAAGAAUGAGGAACGGACGCCGGUGAUAACGGAUAAGAUUCAGUCGAUUUUAAGAGCUGCGGGGCUGAAGGUUGCAACGCAAGAGUAUGAGUAUACCUCCUCGGGUAUUACGCAUCAAGGGGAGAACAUCUAUGCCAUAAUUCAAGCGCCGCGCGGAGACGCAACGGAAGCGAUCGUGCUUGUUGCGGCUUGGAAAACAGUCGAUGGCGGGCUGAAUCUUAAUGGAGUCACUCUUGCGCUGACCCUGGCAAGAUACUUUAAGCGCUGGUCCUUAUGGUCAAAGGACAUCAUUUUCGUUCUGCCUCCUGACAGUAAGACGGGAACCCAGGCAUGGAUUGACGCAUAUCAUGACAUGCAGCCAUCUACCGUGCAGCCUCUGCCUCUGAAGAGUGGUGCUCUGCAAGGAGGCCUCGUGAUUGAGUAUCCCUUCAACCACCGAUUUGAGAACAUACACAUCGUCUACGACGGUGUCAAUGGCCAGCUGCCCAAUUUGGACCUUUUCAACACAGCUGUGUCGAUUGCCGGUGGUCAAAUGGGAAUUGGAACGCGGCUACAGGAGAUGUGGGAUCACAAUGGUAGCUACGAGAAACGACUGCAGACUAUGCUAAGAGGGAUGGUCAAGCAGGGUUUUGGGUACGCCACUGGGGCGCAUAGCAGCUUCAUGCCCUAUCAUAUCGACGCCAUCACGCUCCAGACUCAUGGUAAUGGCUGGCAAGAUGAGAUGGCGCUGGGUCGCACGGUAGAAGGUCUCACUCGAAGCUUGAACAACCUCUUGGAACACCUGCACCAAAGCUUCUUCUUCUAUCUUCUCAUGCAGACCCAUCGCUUCGUCAGUAUCGGCACUUACCUCCCUAGUGCAAUGCUGAUUGCAGGAAAUUUUACAAUCAUGGCAAUUGCCCUGUGGCUACGGACUGGUUACUCCCAAGGCACCCCCAAUGCCGUUGCCGCCACGAAGGACGAAAAGAACAGUGAAAAGGCACCGCUCAUCUCUCAGGACAAUGACGUGGUGGAGCAAGAGACGACGAACAAAGCUGCGGAGCGCCAACUCGCCCUUCCCCUUACACUUGUCGUAGGCCUACACCUACUGGGUCUCAUCCCAUUGUACAUCUUUAACAACCUCUCACACGGGAACUACACACUCGCAACCCUCAUCUCAAUAGUCACAAACGCCCUCCUCCCGCUCCUCCUUGCCGCUUUGCUCUCCCGGAACUCUACAACAACCCAACAAACCCACCUCAUCAAAUCCCUCUCCCUUCUUCUCCUCGGCCUCUUUCUCUCAACCCUAGCAACCCUCAACUUCUCCCUCUCUUUCAUGAUCGGCCUUCUCUGCGCCCCGCUCUCCUUCAUGCACCGCAUCUUUGCCGAAACAGCGCCCGUGCUCCGCUACACUCUCUCUAUUGCGGGUCUUGUAUUCCUAAACAUUUUGUCUCCGCCUGUUGUUCUGCUGGCUGGGUGCGCGUACGUCGGUGUCUCGGUUGAGACGGUGCUUACGGAGGCGGCAUUUGGCUGGGAUGUCUGGGGGAUGUGGACGCAGGUUGUUGUUUGGUGUGUUUGGUGGCCGGCUUGGGUUGUUGGGGGGGCUUUGGUGGGGGCUUCGUUGUUCUAG